AUGUUAAGUGGUACAAUGAGAUCCACAGUACUACGAGCGUCACGUCGAAGCCCUUUAACGUCCCGUACCUUCACCUCAUCAAGUGAGCAGCUUGUGCUUGUGGAGAAGAAGGACAAGUACGCAAUCGUGCGUUUGAACCGUCCACCCGUCAACUCACUUAACACAACAUUGAUUCAAGAAUUGGAUGCAACUAUUACGAAGCUUGAAGACGACAAGAGCGUGCGGGGUCUUAUCUUGGCAUCAUCAAACCAAAAGGUCUUUUCUGCUGGUCUGGAUAUCAUGGAAAUGUAUCAACCAGAGCCAGCGAAACUUACUAAAUUCUGGACGUCGCUUCAAGAUCUGUACCUGCGUCUGUACACGACGCCUUUAGCUGCAGUUGCGGCAAUUGAAGGCCACAGUCCAGCUGGAGGCUGUUUACUUGCCAUGUGCUGUGACUAUCGCGUCAUGACGAGUGGGAAACCCAUGAUUGGUCUCAAUGAGACACAACUAGGGAUUGUGGCCCCUACGUGGUUCCGUGAUACUUUUGUCAAUACAAUUGGUCACCGGGAGGCUGAAAAGAUGCUCGGGCUUGGACUGCAAGUGGAUGCAAACAAGGCAAAAGCUAUCGGACUGGUAGAUGAAGCCGUUGCACUCGAGGAAGUUUUUCCACGUGCGGAGGCUGUUAUGGCCAAGUGGUUGGCGAUUCCGGAUAUGGCUCGCGUGAGAACCAAACUGCUGAUGCGUCAGGAAACGGCGGACCGACUGCUGGCUAUCCGUGAAAAAGAUCUUGAAGCUUUUACUCUCUUUGCGCAAGCAAGCAAGGUGCAAGAAUCACUGGGAAUGUACCUUGCUUCUUUAAAGAAGAAGUAA